GAAAAAUCUAGGUUGGAAGGGACCCCUGGUGGUCAUCUGGUCUGAUCUCCUGCUCAAAGCAUGUUCAAUUAAAUCAGGAUAUAUUUAUUUAGGUGCGAGAUGUCUGCCCUGAGGUUGAUUUCUAACAGAACCUCCCAGCAGGCCUUGUCUAACUCUGAUUACACCUGGGAGUAUGAGUACUAUGAGUAUGGACCAGUGUCAUUUGAAGGCCUGAAGGCUCAUAAAUAUUCCAUUGUGAUUGGAUUUUGGGUUGGUCUUGCAGUUUUUGUCAUCUUCAUGUUCUUUGUUUUGACCUUGCUGACGAAGACAGGAGCACCACAUCAAGAAAAUACAGAAUCUUCUGAAAAAAGAUUUCGGAUGAAUAGCUUCGUGGCAGAUUUUGGAAGACCUUUGGAGUCGGAGAGAGUCUUUUCUCGUCAAAUAGCUGACGAGUCCCGGUCACUUUUCCAUUUCUGCAUUAAUGAAGUGGAACAUCUCGACAAAGCGCAACAAAGUCAGAAAGGUCCAGAUCUGGAGAGUAAUAUCCACUUCCAGGAAGUUUCCAGGAGCGGUGGAACAUUAGAGGAGGACCUGAAUUGUCUUACGAAAUUUAACAUUCCUAACUUCGUGAACACUGAGCAGAAUUCUUCACUAGGUGAGGAUGAUCUGCUCAUCUCAGAGCCACCUAGAGUUUUAGAAAGCAAAAUGGCCAUGCAGUCUUGUCAUCGGAUCCUUGACUGA